GUGCUUGGGCGCCGCUGCUUGGGCGCCGCUGCUUUGGCCGUCUUACCUCCGCGGUGCCAUGGCGGUGUCUGCCCGGUCCGCGCGGGUCCCGCCGGACUCACAUAAAGUACAGAAAGACAAGGCUGGACAGUCUUCAGGGCCCAGGCAGGGCAGCGGAAUGGGGACACUCUUGGGGUUUGAGUGGACAGAUGUUUCCAGCUGGGGAAGGCUGGUGACCCUGCUGAAUCGACCAACGGAUCCUGCCAGCCUGGCUGUCUUCCGUUUUCUCUUUGGGCUGAUGAUGGUGUUGGACAUUCCCCAAGAACGGGGGCUCAGCUCCCUGGACCGAAGAUACCUGGAUGGGCUAGAUGUGUGCCGCUUCCCCUUGCUGGACGCCCUGCAGCCACUACCACUUGACUGGAUGUAUCUUGUCUAUACCGUCAUGUUUCUGGGGGCCCUGGGCAUGAUGCUGGGCCUGUGCUACCGGAUGAGCUGUGUGUUAUUCCUGCUGCCAUACUGGUAUGUGUUUCUCCUGGACAAGACGUCAUGGAACAACCACUCCUAUCUGUAUGGUUUGUUGGCCUUUCAGCUAACAUUCAUGGAUGCAAACCACUACUGGUCUGUUGACGGCCUGCUGAAUGCCCGUAAGCGGAAUGCCCACGUGCCCCUUUGGAACUAUGCUGUGCUGCGUGGCCAGAUCUUCAUCGUGUACUUCAUUGCGGGUGUGAAGAAGCUGGACGCGGACUGGGUUGAGGGCUAUUCCAUGGAAUAUCUGUCCCGGCACUGGCUCUUCGGUCCCUUCAAACUGGUAUUGUCCGAGGAGAUGACCAGUCUGCUAGUGGUGCACUGGUGCGGACUGCUGCUCGACCUCUCAGCUGGUUUCCUGCUCUUUUUUGAUGCCUCGAGGUCCAUUGGCCUCCUCUUCGUGUCCUACUUCCACUGCAUGAAUUCCCAGCUCUUCAGCAUUGGAAUGUUCCCCUACGUCAUGCUGGCCAGCAGCCCUCUCUUCUGCUCCCCUGAGUGGCCCCGGAAGCUAGUAUCUCGCUUCCCCGAAAGGCUGCAGGAACUACUGCCCCUCAAGGCUGCCCCUCAGCCCAGCGAGUCCUGCGUGUAUAAGAGGAGCCGGGCCAAGGGUGGCCAGAAGCCAGGGCUGCGCCACCAGCUCGGUGCUGCCUUCACCCUGCUCUACCUCCUGGAGCAGCUCUUCCUGCCCUAUUCCCAUUUCCUCACCCAGGGCUAUAACAACUGGACAAAUGGGCUGUACGGCUAUUCCUGGGACAUGAUGGUGCACUCGCGCUCCCACCAGCACGUGAAGAUCACCUACCGGGACGGCCGCACCGGCGAGCUGGGCUACCUGAACCCUGGGGUAUUCACACAGAGCCGGCGAUGGAAGGAUCACGCAGACAUGCUGAAGCAAUAUGCCACUUGCCUGAGCCACCUGCUUCCCAAGUACAAUGUCACUGAGCCCCAGAUCUACUUUGAUAUUUGGGUCUCCAUCAAUGACCGCUUCCAACAGAGGAUUUUUGACCCUCGUGUGGACAUCGUGCAAGCUGCCUGGUCCCCCUUCCAACGUACACCUUGGCUGCAGCCACUGUUGAUGGACCUGUCUCCCUGGAGGACCAAGUUACAAGAAAUCAAGAGCAGCCUGGACAACCACACUGAGGUGGUCUUCAUUGCAGAUUUCCCUGGGCUGCACCUGGAGAAUUUUGUGAGUGAAGACCUGGGCAAUACUAGCAUUCAGCUGCUACAGGGGGAGGUGAUUGUCGAGCUGAUGGCAGAACAGAAGAAUCAGACUCUUCAGGAGGGAGAAAAAAUGCAGCUGCCCGCUGGUGAGUACCAUAAGGUGUAUACGAUAUCACCCAGUCCUUCCUGCUACAUGUACAUCUACAUCAAUACUACAGAGCUUGCAUUGGAGCAAGACUUGGCUUAUCUACAAGAAUUAAAGGAGAAGGUGGAGAAUGGAACUGAAACGGGGCCUCUACCUCCAGAGCUGCAACCUCUGCUGGAAGGGGAAGUACAAGGGGGCCCUGAGCCAACACCGCUGGUUCAGACCUUUCUUAGACGCCAGCGAAGGCUCCAAGAGCUUGAGCGCCGGAGAAAUACCCCUUUCCACGAGCGCCUCUUCCACUUCUUGCUGCGGAAGCUCUAUAUCUUUCGCCGCAGCUUCCUGAUGACUUGUAUCUCACUUCGAAAUCUGGUAUUAGGCCGCCCUUCCCUGGAGCAGCUGGCCCAAGAGGUGACUUACGCAAACUUGCGACCCUUUGAGCCAAUUGGAGAGUUGAGUCAUUCAAACACAGAUUCUUCAAAUUCUGAUCCUCCUGAGCCAAAUUCUGACCCUGUCCACUCAGAGUUCUGAUGGGGGCAGAUGGUGGGUACAGAUGUGGGAGCAACCAGUCAUAGGACCAUUAACCUAUGCAGUGGAAAUGUGAAGAAAAUGAUACUUUAUACAUUUUCUUCCUUGUCUAUAGUUCUUUUAAAUUCAGAGAGGAUACCUUAGAGAAGCCAAGCAAGGAUAAGCUUUAUCAAAUCAAGGUUGAGGAGCUAGGAGGGGUUUAAAAGCAGUAUGAAAAUGCCCUUCUAGGCUAAAGGGGUAAGAGGUUUAAAGUGACUGGCUCCUUGGGGAAAGAGAUUUAAUGUACCAUGAUGACAGCAACACCUCACUGUUCUCAAGUACUUGUCAUAUGCCAGGCACUGUGUGAAGCGUUGUGCCUGUAUUACUGCAUUUAGUCCUUACUGACCAUGAGCUCAGUCUGACAGCUGGAGAAAGCGAGGCUGAGACAACAUAACUUGCUCAAAGGCAAUACCUAGUAAGAGAUGUAUGGAUGGUUUGAAUCUCCUCUGUUUGACUUAAGGUCCCGUACCCUGCCUUUUGUCAUUUGCAGAAUCACUGACAUUGAUUAUGAAAUAAUGUAGCUUCAAAUUUUUCUUCUUAGUUACUUAGGAUGGUGAUCAAGUUCUAAAUUCACAGAGUAAUUUUCUCUUCCCUACAGUUGUAGUUUCUUCAUGGUUCCUAUUAUGUAUACAGCCAGUAAGUGUUUCACUAGCAGCUAUGAGAAUAGUUAGAAUAGGACAAGGUUAAACUAAUAAGGAAAUUUAGAUGAUCGGUAGUAGUUCUCUCAAGUUCAGUGUAUUUAGCAUCAUUCUAGCCUUUGAUGAGCAGAAAGUGAUGUAAAGUAGGGAUUAACCAAACUUUGUGAUGGAUUAGGGUAUGUUUGCAGUUAUUUUGUAGGUUUGGAUAUACAGGGUGAUUGAGGAAGCACCUCAAUUCCUUGAAAACUCAAAAGCCUAGCAUUGGGCUAGGAAGUAAGAGUGUAUAGAGAAACAAGAAAAAAAAAAAAAGGCUCCUGCUCUGGGUGCUUGUUCAUGGUCUCACAGCAAAGACUAGCAGUAAAUUGGCAGCCCCAGUAACUUUGAUGAAGGAUGGCAUCUCUAUUUUCAGGCUUCGCUUCCCAACCCCCCCAUCCCCCGUCAGUGGUUCUUUCCUAGGCAGCUGCCUUUUCACUGUACACACUUGCGAUGAUUAUGUCCCCCUCAUGGUUUCUAGUGCUGCUGCUGCUGCUUAGCUUUCUUUCUUGGGCCCUGGACCUAUAGAUCUAACUAGCUCCACCUGGAUAUCCCACAAAGCUUUCAAACUCUGUCCUAAGCAGAACUUAAUUCAUCCCCAACUCAGACCUGCUUCUCUAUUAGUGAGUGGCAACUGCAUUUUUUCUGGCCAAGCCAUCAGAAUAUCUUGUCUUGAGUCUUCCUUUUUUUUCCUCACAUUUCUCAAAUUCCAAGUUGUAUCAAUUCUACCUCUUCUUCAGUCUAUUCAUCUCUACUACCUCUGUGUUCUUUCACCCUUUAUAUUGGAAUCUAGGUAGAGAUAGACCGGAGCAGGUGCAGUUGGGCGUGAAUCAGGGCAUCCCACUGAAGCCUGAUUCCUACGAGGCAUUGUGUGGGUUAGCUAGCUGUAGCUGAGCCACCGGGUAUCUUGAUCACUUGUCAAGAAUAGUGUGGGGGGAACACUGGUUCUCAAUAGUUUUGCAGAUCUCAGUGACGCAAUAUACCUUGGCAUAAUGUCCUUUGCUAGUAAGUUCAGCUAUCUUCUGUUCCCCUGCGCUACCCCCCCACCCCAGCUCAUUACUUGACUGGUAAGAAAAGUAGUUCUUCAUUUGGGGAAGGGACUCUUACAGUAGUUUUAAUAUAGGCAAGGAUGCUAUCCCAAAACUGUGAGCAUACCACCUCUUUCUCCCAGUGAAAAUGUUGGGGUGGGAUGGAGUGGAAAGGUGGUCGUCUUAAUACUGUUUACGAGAAAAGCUGUUCAGUGGAAUAAAUGAGUUCAGAUUCAGGAAAAAUCGGGCCCCGUGUAGCUGUUAUAGGAAUGGGCUAUCAACAUCCUUUUAGCCGGGCUUUAGUAUUCCAUUUCAUUCUACUCCCAGCAUUUGGAUCUUUUGUCGCUGGCCAGGUUAUCCCUUCAAAACUUUUCCAUAACAUGGCAUGCUUUGAUAUUCAACCAUUUGUAGUCACCAUCACCCCACUUGACACCUUUGCUUUUCUCCUCCCUGGGCUGGUUACUAUUUCUUCACCUUAUUUUUAGAAUCUUUUCCCCCCAUGUUAGGCAGAAGACAGGGCCUUUUUACAAAAGAUUCUUCUCCAAGCUCCUUGAGGUCCAGUAUCUUCCUAGUAAAUACCGAACCUAACAAUUUCUCUGGUGCUGUCCCACCAGCCUACAGGCACCCAGCUCUUCCCCAUUCCCCUUAUUUGACCAGCAUGGUUGUUUUUACAGCAAUGCACUAUUCUCUAGAUAAGGCUUUUUUGAAACUUUUAAAGACCUUCAGAUCUAACUUUGCCUUCCCUCCCAACAGUUACACAUUUUUAAGCCUCCAAAUAGGUAUAAUCAAGCAUUCCUUGGGCCUCACACCACUACUUGAUUUUCAUACAUGCUCGUGUAAACAUGUGCCAAAUGGCUAUCUGUACUUUAGCUCCUAGGCUUAAAAAGGGAUGGUUCUUGAGUAGACCUCUACAAACUCAGAAUAAAGGUUUUAAAAACUUACAGCAUCUUCACUGUAAUUUCGUGACCUAUCUUAUAGAUUAGAACCUGGCCCCCUCACCACUGUUCAAAAAUUUUGCCAAAUUGUAUCAUGUACUGAACAUGUAUGUAACUUGCAGCCUUAACGCCUGUUUAUAAUAAAGGUAUUAAUACUUAA